CACAUGUCCUUAUAUCUGUAGCUGUCCUUAUAAAAGAGUAGUAAUGAAAAUUGUCUCUGCUCUGAUCAUUUUAUUGGCUUUGCUUAUGGAGAAAGCUGCUAUAAGUAAAUAUGUUGCUCUUUUCACAUUAGCUGUUUUCUGUUCAUCAGGGUCUAUCUACUGUAUCAAAUACAAUACUGGUGCUGGUAUUGUUAAUGAUAAAUUGAAUGUUCAUUUGGUUGCACAUUCACAUGAUGAUGUUGGAUGGUUGAAGACAGUUGAUCAGUACUUUGUUGGAUCAAAUAAUAGCAUUCAGGGUGCUUGUGUUGAAAAUGUAUUGGACUCAGUUGUUGAAGCAUUGCAGCGUUAUCCUACUCGGAAGUUUGUUUUUGCUGAACAGGCAUUUUUUCAGCGGUGGUGGGCGAUCCAAGACAUGGAAACACAAGCGGAAGUGAGAAAGUUGGUGGAUGCUGGACAGUUGGAAUUCGUAAAUGGUGGCUGGGUUAUGCAUGAUGAAGCCGCCAGUCAUUACAUAGACAUGAUUGAUCAAACCACUUUGGGCCAUCGCUUUAUAAAGGAACAGUUUAACAAGACACCCCGUGCUGGAUGGCAAAUUGACCCUUUUGGACAUUCUGCAGUACAGGCUUACCUCCUUGGGGCUGAGCUUGGUUUCAAUUCAGUGCAUUUUGCAAGGAUUGAUUAUCAGGACAGGCUUGCGCGCAAAGGUCAUAAAUCUCUUGAAACUAUAUGGCGUGGUUCAAAGACGUUUGGUUGCUCUUCUCAGAUAUUUUCAAAUGUUUUCCCUGUUCACUAUAGUGCACCAGGCCCUUUUCAUUUUGAAGUAAAUGAUGAGCGUUCCAUCCCUGUCCAGGAUAAUCCCCUCCGAUAUGACUAUAAUGUUGCUGAACGAGUCAAUGAUUUCGUUCAUGCUUCCAUUAUUCAGGCCAAUGUGACUCGAGCAAACCACAUUAUGUGGACAAUGGGUGAUGACUUUCAGUAUCAGUAUGCCGAGUCUUGGUUCAAGCAAAUGGACAAGUUAAUCCACUAUGUUAACAAGGAUGGUCGAGUGAAUGCUCUCUAUUCAACUCCUUCAAUUUACACGGAUGCUAAAAAUGUGGCAGAUGAGACGUGGCCACUCAAGGUUGAUGACUAUUUCCCAUAUGCUGAUGGGGAAAAUGCUUACUGGACAGGAUAUUUCACAAGUCGACCAGCUUUCAAGAGAUAUGUUCGGACUCUUAGUGGUUAUUAUCUGGCAGCACGACAACUUGAAUAUCUUUCUGGGAGGAGAAUUGCUGGUCCAAACACCUUCAGCUUAGGGGAUGCAUUAGGUGUUGCACAGCAUCAUGACGCCAUUACUGGUACUGCUAAGCAACACACGACAAAUGACUAUAUAAAACGCCUGGCAGCAGGGGCCUCCGAGGCAGAAGCUGUCACAAGUUCAGCUCUAGCUUGCUUACUUGAGGGGAAACCAAUAACCCAAUGUAAUGCAUCAACAAUUACUUUUGACCAGUGUCAACUUCUCAACAUAAGCUAUUGUCCAUCAACAGAGCAAGAGAUACCAAAGGGGAAAAGUUUGGUUAUGGUGGCAUAUAAUCCACUUGGAUGGAAUCGGACUGAUGUAAUUAGGAUACCGGUUGAUAAUGCUAAUCUCAUCGUCCAAGAUUCCUCGGGAAGCGUGGUUGAGGCCCAGUAUCUUGAUAUGGAUAAUGUGACAGUAAACCUGAGGAACUUCUAUACCAAGGCCUACCUGGGGAUAUUGCCAGAAAAAGUCCCCAAGUUCUGGCUAUGUUUUGGAGUUUCUGUGCCACCAUUGGGUUGGAAUACAUAUUUCAUUUCUGAGAGAAAUGGGAAAGAAGGGAUCAAAAGAAGCAAUGUAUCCGUUAUGGACAAAGUACAUAACCAGAUAGUGGAAAUUGGACCAGGAAAUUUGAAGAUGUCAUAUUCUGCAUCUGGUCAAUAUCAUAAGAUGUUCAAUUCUGAAAGUGGGGUUGAUCUACCAUUACAACAAAGCUUUCUUCAGUAUGAAUCAAGCAUAGGUGAAGGAGACGGUCAGGCUUCUGGUGCAUACAUCUUUCGACCUUCUGGUGAUCCAUCUAUCAUCAAUCGCACAGGGUCUAUGGUGGUUGUGCGCGGAGGACUUGUAGAUGAAAUACACCAACAGUUUGACUCAUGGAUAUACCAGGUGACUCGACUAUAUAGGGACAAGGAACAUGCUGAGGUGGAAUUUACUAUUGGUCCAAUCCCUGUUAUGGAUUCUGGAAAAGAGGUAAUAACAAAGAUGAAAACCAAUAUGGCCACAAAUACAGAAUUUUACACUGACUCGAAUGGAAGAGAUUUUAUGAAACGGAUUCGGAAUUACAGAAAGGACUGGAUCCUUUCGGUCCACCAACCUGUGGCUGGAAAUUAUUACCCGAUUAAUCUUGGUAUAUAUGUUAAUGACAGUACCUAUGAGCUCUCAGUUUUGGUUGAUCGUGCCACUGGAGGAGCCAGCAUUAAAGAUGGCGAAAUUGAACUAAUGCUCCAUAGGCGUCUACUAGCUGAUGACGGUAAAGGAGUGGAGGAAGCCCUUGAUGAACAAGUUUGUGUUGAAGGAAAAUGUGAUGGACUUACAAUUCGUGGACGCUACUAUAUGAGCAUCCACAAGUUAGGAGGUGGCGCUCAGUGGCGCAGAACCACUGGUCAAGAGGUGUACUCUCCUCUGCUUUUGGCUUUUACGCAUGAGAAUUCAGAGAAGUGGAAGGCUUCUCGAUCAACAAAGGCAACCUUCAUGGACUCCAAUUACAGUUUCCCUCUUAAUGUUGCUUUGAUAACUCUUCAGGAACUGGAAGAUAAAAGUGUGUUGCUCCGCUUGGCACAUCUAUAUGAGGCUGGUGAAGAUGCUGAAUACUCAAGAAUGGCCAUCGUUGAGCUCAAAAAAAUGUUUUCCGGGAAAGAGAUAAAAGAGUGGAAGGAGAUGAGCUUAUCAGCAAAUCAGGAGAAGUCAGAGAUGAAAAGGCUAAAAUGGAGAGCUGAAGGAGAAAACAGCAAUAAUGUAGGAGAGAACAUCCCUAUUAGAGGCAGCCCUGUUAAUGGUUCAACUCUAGUAGUUGAGCUAGGUCCUAUGGAGAUCCGUACUUUCUUGUUGAACUUCUAAUCACAAGUUCCUAUCUCCAUUUUAGAGCUGUAAUUAAGUUGCUUAAAUGACUAUUACAUAUUAGUCAUGAAAACUGAAAACUCACCAAUUUUUAUAUUUUGGAAUAAAAUUAUAUAUAAGAAAAAUAUAAUUCCUCCGUA